AUGGCUCCGAAGUCGAAGGGACAACGUGAGGAUCUCAAGCAAGAAGAUGUCUUACAAGCUGUAGUAAUAGCAGACAGCUUCGAUUUGAGAUUUUCACCAAUUUCAAAAAAGAAACCAAGGACACUUUUGCCUGUAGCCAAUGUACCCAUGCUGGAGUAUACCCUGGAGUGUCUGUGUGCAGCUGGAGUUCAAGACAUAUUUAUAUUCUGUUGUCAUCUUGGUGAACAAAUCCGCUCUCAUAUUCGGAACUCAAAGUGGAGUGAUAGUACCUCUCCCUGCUCCGUAUCGACAGUGCUAUCUGAGGGAUGUUUAUCCAUGGGAGAAGCACUCAGAGAAAUUGAUGCCAAGUCUAUUAUCCGCAGUGACUUUAUACUCGUGUUUGGGGAUGUGGUGUCUAAUGUCAAACUACAGGACAUUGUAGAGCAGCACAAAAAGCGUCGCGAAAAAGAUAAAAACACUGUGAUGACGAUGGUGAUGAAGAAGACACCACCCACUCACUGUACACGCUGUCGUGAAGAUGACCUUGUCCUUGCUAUAGAACAGCCAUCUAGCCGUGUCCUUCAUUAUCAGAAACUGGCCUAUCAGAAAAAAGUUGACAUACCAGUGGAAGUGAUAACCGAACACAGCGAUGUCAGUUUACGAUAUGACCUCCUGGACUGUCACAUCAGUAUCUGCUCCCCACAGGUGCCUCAACUCUUCACAGACAACUUUGACUAUCAGACACGUGAUGACUUUGUUAAGGGUAUCCUCAUCAACGAGGAGAUCAUGGGAAAUAGUAUUUAUGUGAAUGUAGUUAAUGAAGAGUAUGCAGCACGAAUAUCCAACCUAAUAAUGUAUGAUGCUGUUAGUCAGGACAUUAUGAGUAGAUGGACGUACCCGCUAGUUCCUGAUAAUACUAACAGUAGUGAGUCGACAGUGUCAUACGGCCGACAUAAUAUCUACCUUAGUAAGGACAUCACAUUAGCAAGGGGCUGUAAGUUGGAGGAGAAUGUUAUGGUUGGUCGGGGGACAUCAGUAGGCAGUAAUACAAUUAUAUCACACUCUGUCAUAGGAAAGAACUGUAGGAUAGGUGAAAAUGUGAAGAUACAAGGCGCCUACCUGUGGGACAAUGUAGUGAUAGAGGAUGGCUGUGAUAUUGAAAGUUCUAUACUUUGUGACGAUGUACUAGUGUACAGUGGAGUCAACCUUCAGGCAGGAAACGUCCUGUCAUGGGGGGUCAAAGUAGGACCAAAUGUGACCAUCCCCAAGGCAACAGUACUACAGUCUUCACCAGUGGAGGACAUCGAUGAUUUUGGUGAUGAAAUAGACGCAACAUGUGAUAAAACAGAUGCUGUAGCUUGUCAAGUGGAGAGUUGUCCAGACUUUGGAUCUCGUGGACAAGCAUAUGUGUACAACCCUCCUACGGAGAGUGAUGAUGAAGAGGAUGAGGCUCAAGUUCAAGAUGUUUGGGGUCUCGACAACAAAACUGAUGAUGAGGAUGAACUCAGCAGUAUCGCUACAGAUGACCAGUCAGAUCUGUCAUCUGAAGGAUCACUCCCAGAUGAUGAAAAAAUGUUCUACAGAGAAGUGCUUGACACCUUGGUUAGAGCUAAAGAAGAAAACAUCCGCACAGAAAAUUUAAUUUUAGAGAUUAAUUCAUUAAAACAUGCAUACAACAUAGAUAUCCAUGACCUACAUGGUAUGGUGGUAAAGGCAGUAAUAGACCUUGCUAUGAAAGACAAUCCUGACCACAAUGGUGGCCAACUUCUCAUCAAUAUAAAGGCGGUUAUGAAGAAACAUAUGGCUUUGAUAAAGAACUACAUCAAGGGUGCUGAUUCACAAAUGGAUUGUUUACACACACUAGAGGAGUUCAGUAUAAUGGAGGAGAGGAUGAGCGGAGUGUUGGUAAAGCUUAUACAUUAUAUGUAUGAAGAUGUGGACCUACUGUCAGAACAGGUGAUCCUCCGCUGGCACCAGUCCAUACCAGACGAGGAAGGUCAUGUGGAGGUCAAACAACAGAUGCAACCGUUUAUAAAGUGGUUACUGGAGGCAGAAGAAGAAUCUUCGGAGGAGGACAGCGAUUGAAUGGGGGAGGACAUUAGAGACAACACCAGACAUUAAAGUUAGAGUAGAGCAGCAUCUGCAUAGGGGAGGACAUUAUAGACAUUACCAGACAUGGAAGUGAGAGGAGGACAGCGUCUAAAUAGGGGAGGACAUUAUAGACAUUAUCAGACAUGGAAGUGAGAGGAGGACAGCGUCUAAAUAGGGGAGGACAUUAUAGACAUUAUCAGACAUGGAAGUGAGAGGAGGACAGCGUCUAAAUAGGGGAGGACAUUAUAGACAUUAUCAGACAUGGAAGUGAGAGGAGGACAGCGUCUAAAUAGGGGAGGACAUUAUAGACAUUACCAGACAUGAAAAUGAGAGGAGGACAGCAUCUAAAUAGGGGAGGACAUUAUAGACAUUACCAGACAUAGAAAUGAGAGGAGGACAGCGUCUAAAUAGGGGAGGACAUUAUAGACAUUACCAGACAUGGAAGUGAGAGGAGGACAGCGUCUAAAUAGGGGAGGACAUUUGUAGACAACACCAGACAUAGAAAUGAGAGGAGGACAGCGUCUAAAUAGGGGAGGACAUUGUAGACAACACUAGACAUCAACAUGAGAGGAGGACAGCGUCUAAAUAGGGGAUGACAUUGUAGACAACACUAGACAUCAACAUGAGAGGAGGACAGCGUCUAAAUAGGGGAUGACAUUUGUAGACAACACCAGACAUAGAAAUGAGAGGAGGACAGCGUCUAAAUAGGGGAUGACAUUUUAGACAACACUAGACAUGGAAAUGAGAGGAGGACAGCGUCUAAAUAGGGAAGGACAUUGCGUAGACACCAGACAUUAACAUGAGAAGAACACACCAACUGAAGAAAAUGUUUUACAUAAGUCAAAGUUAAAGUAUCAUUUUGGUAGAUAAAUUUGAGUGAUUACCUACUACUGGGCAAGCAAGCACAUAAACAAUAUAAUGUACCUCUGGUUAGUGUUGAACCCUGCAUGAGAAAAUUUCCUGCUUUCAAAUUGACAAAAUUUCCAGUAUGUAAGUUGUUUGAUAGAACACUUUUAUUUCACUUGUGGUGCUCAGAUUAUUAAAUACCUUGAAAUGCUGUCAGACUAGCAGAGUAAUUCAGAGUCAUAAUUCUUAUGCAUUCUUAUGUCAGGCAAUUUUGAUGUGUACACCGACAGAAAUUAAUUGGGGAUGCAGAUGGUAGAAGCCCCCUUCUCAGAGUCCAGGGACAAAGCCCCAAUAGGGGAUAAGAAGGGGAGAGGGAGAGGAGGCAAAGGCCCCUUUAAGCUGUGCUGAAAUAAGUUUUUUAUUUUUUUUCCCCAAAUAGUUUGCUUCUUGUGGUGAUGAUGUGUACGCAAUGCAUAUUUACUUCAGGAAACAAGGCAUAAAAUUCAUGAUAUUAACAUGAAGUUUGUCAUGGUCUUAAACAAAUCUUAUGUGUUGACCUGAAGACAUUAUAAUACCUUCCUGUCUGAGUAAC